AGAUGGCCACAGACUCUGACUGAGGAAACAUCUUAAUUCUUUCUUCUCUCAGGAUUUCAGGCUGUAACAAUGGAGUCCCUCUCAGCAGCAACUGGCAGCUUCACUCUGGACCUUUACAAAAAGCUGAAUGAAACUUCCAAGGGCAAAAACAUUUUCUUUUCGCCUUGGAGUAUUGCAACUGCUCUUGCCAUGGUCUAUCUAGGUGCAAAAGGCAACACUGCAACCCAGAUGGCUGAGGUUCUUCAUUUUCAUCAGAUUGCAAGAGAAGAAGGUUCUUCUGAGGUGACAAGGCCUUCUCGAGGGAGACCAAAGAAAAGGAAGAUGGAUCCUGAGCGCAAACAAGCUAAAGACAUCCACUCUGGAUUCAAAGAGCUCCUGGCUGCCAUCAACAAACCCAGAAACACCUAUUUGCUGAGAAGUGCCAACCGACUGUAUGAGGAAAUGACCUACCCAUUACUGCCUAAAUUCUUACAGCUCGUUACAAGGUAUUAUAAAGCAAAGCCACAAGUGGUAAACUUCAAGACAGAUGCAGAACAAGCCAGAAAGCAGAUCAAUUCCUGGGUUGAAAAUGAAACUGAGAGAAAAAUUCAGGACCUGCUGCCUACAGGAUCUCUUGAUUCUAACACUGUAUUGGUCUUGGUAAAUGCCGUUUAUUUCAAAGGAAACUGGGAAAACAAAUUUAUGGAGGAAAAUACUUCUGAAAGACUCUUCAGAUUGAGCAAGACCAAGACUAAACCAGUACAGAUGAUGUUUCUGAGAGGGACAUUUUUGAUGCUGCAUGUAACAACCUUAAAAUUCAAAAUCAUUGAGCUGCCAUAUGUGAAAAAUGAACUCAGCAUGUUCGUUCUCCUACCAGAUGACAUCAGUGAUAACACUACUGGUCUGGAGCUGCUGGAAAGAGAGCUGACCUAUGAGAAACUGGUUGAAUGGACCAGACCAGUCCAUAUGAUAAAAGCUGAAGUGGAACUGUACCUGCCCAAGUUGAAGCUGGAAGAGAAUUAUGACCUUAAGUCUACUUUGAGCAGCAUGGGAAUACGAGAUGCUUUUAACCCAGCUCAGGCUGAUUUCACAGGGAUAUCAAUGAAGAAGGAUCUUUUCAUCUCAGAAGUUUUUCACAAAGCUUUUGUGGAGGUCAAUGAGGAAGGUACUGAGGCAGCAGCUGCCACCGCAGGCGUCCUGGUGACGAGAACAAAUGCAGCGACCGCAACGUUUAAAGCCGACCACCCUUUUCUCUUCUUCAUCAGACAUAACAAAUCCCAAACCAUCCUCUUCUUUGGCAGACUCUAUCGGUGCAUUCUGCUGACUUCUGCCAGACACACUGUUAGAUAUAAAACACAGUCUGCAUACUUAAAAACCAUGGAUAGCCUCAAUGCAGCAAAUACCACUUUUGCACUCAGCCUCUUAAGAAAGCUAUGUGAAAACAACAGCACGCAGAACCUAUUCUUUUCUCCUUUCAGUAUUUCUUCUGCUCUGUCUAUGAUUUUACUGGGUUCGAAAGGUAACACUGAAGUCCAGAUAGCAAAGGUGCUUUCUUUGAGCAAAGCUCAGGAUGCUCACAAUGGGUAUCAGUCACUUCUUUCUGAAAUUAACAGUCCAAAUACCAAGUAUGUGCUCAGAACUGCUAACCGGCUGUACGGAGAAAAGACUUUUGAGUUUCUUUCAUCAUUUACAGAAUCCAGUGAGAAAUUCUAUCACGCUGGACUAGAACAAACUGACUUUGUGCAUUCUUCAGAGGAUUCCAGAAAAAGAAUAAAUGAUUGGGUAGAAGAAAAGACUGAAGGUAAAAUUCAGAACCUAUUGGCCGAGGGAAUUAUUAAUUCAAUGUCCAGACUUGUGUUGGUGAAUGCCAUCUAUUUCAAAGGCAACUGGGAGAGCCAGUUCAACAAAGAGAAGACAGUGGAAAGGCCAUUUAAAAUUAACAAGAAUGAGAGCAAACCUGUGCAGAUGAUGUUCAAUAAAGAUAAUUUUAACAUGAGCUAUAUCGGGGACUUCCAGACCAAAAUCCUUGAGCUCCCUUAUGUCGAUAAUGAACUCAGCAUGAUCAUCCUGCUCCCCGAUGCCAUCCAGGAUGGAUCCACUGGCCUGGAAAGUCUGGAAAGAGAACUUACAUAUGAGAAGCUGAUGGAGUGGAUUAAUCCUGAGAUGAUGGACUACACAGAGGUGAAGGUGUCUUUACCCAGAUUUAAACUGGAAGAAAAUUAUGACCUGAAACCUAUUCUGAGCAGCAUGGGAAUGCCUGAUGCGUUUGACUUGAUGAAGGCAGACUUCUCCGGAAUCUCGUCUGGCAACGAGCUGGUGCUCUCUGAAGUGGUUCACAAGUCCUUUGUAGAAGUCAAUGAAGAAGGCACUGAAGCAGCAGCUGCCACGGCAGGAGUGAUGAUGCUGCGCUGUGCAAUGAUUGUUCCAGAAUUUACUGCUGAUCAUCCGUUCCUCUUCUUCAUCCGGCACAAUAAAACUUCUAGCAUUUUGUUCUGUGGCAGAUUUUGCUCUCCCUAA